UGCCCUCUGCAAAUAAAAAUCUCUCUGAAAACCAAGGUCUAAUCCUUUCCUUUUUAUGCCCCUUUCAGUUUUUUCUUCUAAAAAAAAAUUUAUCUUGUUUAAUACUCAUUAUUGAUAAAGCGUGAGAAUUAGGAAAAAGGAGAAGAAGAAUGGAAGAGAGUAUUGCAGAGGCGGAGCGCAUUCGGUCUCUGUUCAACGAGGACGAGAUUGAAGUUUGUGAAAUACUGUUGAAUUUAGGAAAUCUAGUUGUAGAGUCCGAGUUAAGGCUUCGAACGACUACUCCUCGUCUGAAACCACCAUUCCUGGUGAGAUGGGGUACUCAGAAAAGAUUGAUUUGCCGCCGCGGUGGUACGAGGAGGGGAUCUUCUACCACUAGCCUUUCUCCUCCUCCUGAUAAUCCCGCAACCACCCUUUCGAAGUCUUCUUCCCCAUUGCAGUCCCUGCAAAACAACAAGAUUAGUCAACCAGAAGUCAAAGUUGUUGGCUCUACAAGCCCAGAUACGCCGCUCUCUUUCCCGGCUAAUGCUAGUUCUGAAUCCGAUGACAAGUCUUCCCGCCGCAAAAAAUCCAAGAAGAGGGCGUUGUUGACGGAGCAGUUGAGAAAGAGCAUGGAGGGAUUGGCUGAAAGCAGAGAAGUGCUAAUAAAGGAGAUACAGAACGUGAAAAGUUACUAUAACGAGCUGUUGGCUUACAAUAAGAAGUUGAAAGCAAAGAAACAACAGGUGCUGUCUACCAGUACUCAUCGUACAAGAGAGGAGCCCAAUUUGGAAUUGGGCAAAAGCUUCAAUCCUGGAUUUAAUUGCGUCCGAAGUUACCAUGUUCUUGCGAACCCCGAUCAGAAUCAAUUCAACGGGGAACAAAUGGCUGCAGAGUCAAUAAUAAGACCAGCGCUGUUCCACCCAUAUGGUAAUGGCCAAGUGCAAGUUAGACCAAGCUCGUUCUCGUCCAGUACCGGAUUGGGUGAGGUCAAUGCCGUGGGCCCACCAGACAUUUCUAAUCUCAGAGCUGCUGCUAGUGCUACUCCUGAGGGUACUUACGGCGUGGCCUCGUCUCAGCCUUUGAAUUAUUGCAGGGCUUUUGCUGAUGAUAACAGGACCAAAGCUGCAGAAGCUAGGAGGAACAGAAAGAUGAUAAACCAACAGAAAACCGUGCUGAGACUCAAAUUGAAGGGUAUUUCUACGACGGUGAUGAUGAAGCCACCAUUAAGCAGAAGAUGAUUUUGGCAUUUUUCUAAUUUUGCACUCUGGUUUUUAGUAUUAAUCAAUAACUAUCUGAUCUAGGAGAUGAUUUGUUCAAGGAGCCUUGAAUGUGUUGGCAUGGUUAAUUAAGUCGGUUUGUCCACAAGUGUAGAUAAGAGAAUCAUUGUUGAGGCCUCUAUUUGAUAUUUUUUUUUUUCGUUUUUUGGCAAUGCCAGACGGGUCUUACGAAUUUUCUUUCAACUCCUUGCUGGAUUUCCUUAAAAGUUUAAUGCGGUAUGUUUCCUUCACCAA